ACGGAUCAUCAUCAACAGAGUAUCAAAUAGCUGAAAAAAGGAAAAAAAUAUAAAUAAAAAAUAUUUUAAAGCAGUGAAAAACUCACAAAUUUCCACGUUACGACGAUUUGAUACUCUGUUCCUCUAGUCAAAACGCGAUUUCUCCUGUAAAUUACGAGACAUAUUGCUCGAAUUAUUUAGUGGUUUUGUUUUUUUUGUGUAUUGCCAUUGGUGAAAGAGAAAAAAAGUAUCGAAUAACAAACAAAGGAAAACAUAAAUAUUGAAGUGAAAAAAAAUUAAAUAAAUAAAGGAAUUUUUUUGUCAUUUUGUGGAAAAAAUAUAGAAAAACGGAAAAAUAAUAUUAAAUUAAAUAGAAAAAAAAAGAAAAAAAAUUAAAAUGCCUUUCUAUUCGAAAGAUUGGCGUUCGCCAGGCGAAGCUUGGGUAAAACUCGAAGACGGAAAUUGGGAAAAACUAAAAGUGCUCGAGUGUGUAAAAAGGAAAAGAUGUCUUUCGGAUUCAGAAUGUAGCAGUAGUACAAGUUCAGCACAAAAUGAGAACGAAAACUGGACAAAUCAACAAACUGACGUUCCUAGCACGAGUUGCCCCGCAAGCCCGAGCAUGCCGCCCCAUUGUCACAUCACGAUAAAAUGCACGCGCGAAAUUGCCGGCUUCAAUGGGCUCGGCGAAGCUGUUCGUCGUCUCGAUUUUCGCAGUUCCGUACGUGAUCGUCGACGAUUUCACUACAUUUGCGCCCUUUUGCGUCUCAUUGUCUCCGGAAAAGGCAUCGCCCAAUUGCCGGGAGGCGCUCAACGUCUUCUCCUGCAAAUGUUGGAAGAAGUUGCGACGCACGUGAGCGAAAAUCAACAAAAUAUCAACGUUUUACGGGGACUCGUGGCACAAUUGCGCGCCCUCAUGAACCAAGAAAAUCAAAAAUGUUGGGGAAAACCGCUCGGAAGUCAAAGUUUGUGGGAUGAACAUGUCCAAACUAUCGAGAGAAUACAGGAAAUUGCUAGUCAAAUAAAAAUUAAAGCGCCUGAUCCAAAUAUACGUCCUAAAUUGCAUGAUUUGCCCGAAGAGUGUAUUCGGGAGAUUAUUUUGCGCAUAAGUGAUCACAAAGACUUGGAAGCAUCAGCAGCUGCAUGGUCCAUGAUGGCGGCUCUCAUAUCGGAACAACGUGUUUGGCGCGAACUCGUUCACUUUCAUUACACACAACCGCAAAUCGACACGAUUAUCGAUAAAAUGAACUUGCAAGAUACGAAGGAUAGACAUCGAAAUUGGCAAGCAAUUUAUCAUAAUUUGAGAAAAAAAUACGGCGUUCGAGAAGAUCUCCAAUAUGCAGAAAUUUUAGCUCUUUGCCGUUUAUGUCGUUGCUUAUUCUGGCCAUCGCAAGGGCAUCCUUGCAUCGCCGAUCAAUGUCCUGAUUUCCGACAACGCCUCGACGAGGCAGGAUCUCGCGAAGAAACGCAACCCGUUCCUCCCGCACAAUUUUUGAAAUAUUUUUCAUUGUAAUUUUUUUCACUUCCAAACACAAAACACACCUAAAAAAUGAAGAAAAAUAUAUAUGAGAGAGAACUGAUUAAUAGAAUGGAAAAAAAUGUUGUUAGGAAUAAAAUUAACAAAAAAAUAGAAAUAAUUUGCCAGCAAUCCAAUAAAAAAUAUAUCGAUAUCCUCCAAAAGAUAUUUUAACAAAGAGAUAUUUAAAAAAAGUAGAAAAAAAUAUUAGAAGUAGUCAAAAAAAAUAUAUUUGUGGUGAUGUCAAUAAUUUACUCGACAAAAUAUUCUAUAUAUUACACAAAGAGAGCAAAAUAUUUAAAAAAAUAAAAAAAAAUAUCAGAAAAGUUGAAAAAGUGCAAUAUUCGUUAAAAAAGAAUGGGUUUUUAAAAAAAGUUUCAAUCAAACAUAAAAAAACGUAAAAAAUUUGUCUUUCAUAAAUAGUUAAAAAAAUUUAAUAAAUUUCACGUACUAACACAAAGCAGGCCAAAAUCUAGAAUAAUUUGCAUCUAAUUUUUUUUUAUAAAAAAUAAAAAUAUAUCAAAUAUUUUUUGUGAUAAAAAACAUCCUCGAGACGGCUUUUUAUAAAAAAAAAUCACAAAAAUCAAAACAAAAUGUGAUAAAAAAAAUUUGAAUUACGAUCGUUCUUGCAUUAAACACACAAAAAGCCUCCUUUUCUCAGAAAACAACACAGCCGAAGUCACGAAAAAAUUAUUAAAAAGGAAUUAUGAAAUAUUAGUAGAUAUUAUUAAUAAUUAAUUAAAAUUAAUUAAUGUGUUUAGACUUUAGAGAUCGGUUUAGCGCUACGAUUUUUUCGAUUUCGUAUUAUAUUAAAGAUAUUGAAUUUGUACUCUAAUUUUUAAUAAUUCAUCGUAAAUUUAUAAAAAAUAAAAUAUAUUACCUACAGAAGGAAAUACGUACUGCACGAAACUAUUGCGGUUUUUGAUGAAACUUCAUUUUAAAUAUAAAAAAUAAAUAAAAAAAAAAUAAAUAUUUAAGAAUAAAAA